CACCUGAAGUUUUAAGAGGUCAACCUUAUACUUUAGCUAGUGAUAUUUAUAGUUUUUCUAUAAUUUUGUGGGAAUUUAUAUCUGGAAUUCCUCCAUUUAAUAAUAAAGCUCAUGAUUUUCAACUUAGUUUAGAUAUUUGCAAAGUUAAUAAUGCAACAACUCCAGCUUUAAUGACAAAAAGCUGA